GUUCCUUCGAUGCAGUGGCAGAGUUCCGCAGCUCUCGGGUGAAGAAUGGCUUCGACCCGGCCAGGCUUGACGGCCUUUGGUAUGAGCAGCUCUACGCCGACUUCGCGCAGCACGGUGCUUCCUGCCAGGAGUUGGAAUUCCGUCAUGAUGUUGACCGCUUGGAGUCCAAUUUCAGCGUCCUCUACCACGGCGGCCCCUUCACGAUCAAGGAGCACUAUGAAAGCAAAGGCGUGACUGGCAUAUACAGAAAGUAUGUCACGAUUCCGGGAGGUUUUCCAGGCGGCUCUCUCAUCGGCAUGCCCACCGCUGUCGUGGACAUCAUCCCCGAUGCUUCAGGGACCAAGUACGAUGCAAUGAUCUUAUACUCUUGUGUCUUGUCUAUGAAGGUACGUCCGUGA